AUGUCCAAAAUACCCGAUGAAUUCAACCCACUGACAUCCGUGCCAGGAGAGGGUGGAAACGAAGAGAGUUGGCCCAUUGAGGAGAAUCAAAGCGAUGAUCAUACCCGUUCCUCCAACUUUGCCCCCCGAGGCGUUUCCAAAUUCCAAGAUCGCGUUCGAAACAAGCUACCGAAGCCUCUCAAUCUACGAGGCACACCGCAGGGGGAACUGAUCGGGAAACUAUAUGACGUUUGCUCGUCCACCCUGAAUGUCAGAUUAGCACGAAGCGACAACGAACGAUUUUUGGAACAAUUUGGCUACGUCAUUGUCGCAUCGCAACUGUUGAACGAACACAGCGCUCCUUCCUACACAUCCGCCGCAGAUGUCCUAUCUGCAAAACAACCCUCAGCUCUCCCGUCCCUAUCUACAACUUUUGGAAUCCAAGGCGCCAUUGUGACAGCCGCUACAUCCUUUUCUAUCGCUUGGUUAUUACAUUGGAGCCGGUCAAGGACUGGGCCAGGACUCAGUCUCAAGAAAGUUGGAGUGCUCCUGAUACUUGUGCCCGCUGUCGGUGUCUUGUUCUAUGCUUUUGCGAAACGGCAAUGGUUAAAAUAUCUCCGGCACCAGGCUGUUGAGGCAGCUGGCGCUUUCAUUGGAAACGCCCAGGGAUUUGACUCUGCUGCGUCAGCUUCUGUGGUCUUCAUUCAGGAGGUUGAACUUGUCUCAAGAGGUUAUCGGAUAAGCACUCCUCUACCACCUAUCAGUCGGCUGGAGGAUCAAGUACAAACGCGACGAUGCUUGAGAUUGCGCCGAGCGGUCUCGGAAUGCUUUUACUCCAUGCUCGAGCGGUAUAUUCAAUCCCAGAACACAUUACGCCCACUUACCGAUGAAGGUGAUCUGGCGAAAUAUUACGACAUUUACGACAUUGGACUGGAAGAACUCGAAGCGGUAGAGUCGUCCCUGUCGCAGCGAGCUAACGAAGACCAGUACUCAUUGCGUGCUCUGAGGGAUCUAUUUGGAAAACUGUACAGUGUGAGAAAAAGCGUGCUGUGCUGCUUGCUAGCCCUCAGCGCCGAUGGCGGUGGCUCCGAUAUUGCUCGGUGGAGUUCUGCUGUCGAGGAAAUGCGUGAGCUCGCUGCGGUGACUGGCAACAGCAUGCUGAAAAUGACAACAAUUCUAAAUGAGGAGGACCGCGAUACCAUUCCUCCAUCCCCACUACCUUCCGCCUCACCAAGCAAGGACCACCUGCGCGCUCAGUUUCGACGGCUCAGCUCUUUGUCACAAGGGGUGCGUGCCUUGCAUGCCAAAAUGCACAUUGCCAGCGAGGAGUCACACGCCAACCUCGAACGCGCAGACCCUGAUGAGUUCGAAGCCACCCUCCUUACACAAUAUGACUCGGUUGGCAGUGAUCUUAGGGCUCUUCUCCAAGAGUGGGAAGCUGGCAAAGCCGCAUUGGCAAACCAACACGAUCGCCUUAGUGUCGGGGAUCGCUCGCGACCACCAAGUACUUUCUUGUUACCCAUGUCCCCUACCCCCAGCCUGGGAGGAUCUACGGCAGUUGAGGGCAGCCCAACGGAUGCACUGAAAGCCUUGACUGGCGAGGGCCGGCCGGAUCUGACCCAGACCUACGAUGACGAGGAAAUUUUCGAAGCUGUUGUACUCCCGGCCUCGAGAAACAAGAGAAUGUCUUUGACAAGAGACGAACGUCUUGCACGUGUACGAGAAGACCGUGCCAGACAGGCGAUUGCCAGAGAAAAGGCAGAUGCCAGCACUAACAUGCUCAAGGAACUGGAAAUGGUCAUCAAGCAGCGACCCGGAAACAACUCUGCAAAACGAAAUCGCUCUAUUUUCGUCUGCGCCAUCCGGCACAGGUUGACUUCUACCAGCGCUAGCAGCUUGCUCGAGGCACGAUUGGAACAGGCAAGCCUUCUGAAGCGCGUCGUCGACGCCAUCAAGGAUCUUGUCCAGGACUGCAACUUCGACUGCAAUGACUCCGGAAUCGCCCUCCAGGCCAUGGACAACUCGCACGUUGCCCUAGUUUCCAUGUUGCUCCGCGCUGAGGGUUUCUCUCCCUACCGCUGCGACCGUAACAUCGCCCUCGGCAUCAAUCUGCUCUCUCUAACCAAGGUCCUCCGCGCCGCCCAGAAUGAAGACAUCCUGACCCUCAAGGCCGAGGACUCACCCGACGCCGUCAACCUGAUGUUCGAGAGUGCAGAGACAGACCGACUGAGCGAGUAUGACAUCAAGCUCAUGGAUAUUGACCAGGAGCACCUGGCCAUCCCUGAGACUGAGUACGCCGCCACCGUGGAGAUGCCUUCUUCUGAGUUCCAGCGUAUCUGCAGAGAUCUCAACGCGCUGUCCGAGUCAGUCGUGAUUGAGGCCAGCAAGGAGGGUGUCAAGUUCUCCUGCCAGGGUGAUAUCGGUAACGGAUCCGUUACCAUCCGCCAACACACCAACGUCGAUAAGCCCGACCAGAACGUCGUCAUCAACCUCUCCGAACCCGUCGCCCUGACCUUCUCCCUCAAGUACCUCGUCAACUUCUGCAAGGCCUCCAACCUGUCCUCAUCUGUCGUGCUGCACCUCUCUCAGGAAGUGCCGCUGCUUGUCGAGUACGGUCUGGGAAGUGGCCACCUGCGGUUCUACCUCGCUCCUAAGGUAAGCUCUUUAUUGUUCCGAGGUCGACAUCAUGGGAAACAGAGCUAA